AUGGCACAAAUUCCAUCUUCAUUUGCAGCCACCGAGGCCAUCUUUGAGUGCAUGACAGUAUCCCUUACAAUGGAAAUGGAACGCACAAAAAUGCCCUCUGACUCCAUCGAUAAGUGUGCUGGCAACAAUUGUGGUGCACUUAGAUAUGGACUAGACGGUUGCUUCACUGUGGCUGGAGAACUGCGAGUCAGCACGAAGAUCGGAAAGUCACAAUCGGCAAAGGAGAGUAAUGAUGCUGACGAUGAUGACGAUUUGGUGGUGGUGGUGGUGGUGGCGAGAGGCGGAGGUGGUGGCGGAGUUGACAAGGUUAUGGACGUUUCAGCCCACGUUUCCACCUAA